GUCAUGCCAGACAAGCAUGACAAAUCUCGCAAUCUUCCAGACCCAGACAUAUUGGCAUUUGAUAGCUCACCCCCAUCGUCGACUGGGACCAGCUGUUAUCUUGUGCAAAAGUAUUGUAUCGUACUAGAAUAAAUUGCAUUACAAAUUGACUCAGCAUUACAAAUUUAAAAAUUUGUAAUGCUGAUCGACAUGGAGAAGAAGAUGCAUAAAUGCAAUUACUACGAGUAUCGGAUACUUUUGCACAGGAUGGAUGUUGGAGAAGGCGUUUUCCGGGACGGAAAAGUUCCGGUCCCCAUAUCAAGUGCAAAUAUGUCCUCUGGGUCUGGACGAAUGCGAGGACUUGUGAUGCUGCAUUUGGAUUCCAAAAAAAAUCUGUAUUGCGUGAUGAGGAGCGACGGGAACAAUGUGAUUUUUCCUACGCGAAGAGGGCACUCGUCGUGCGGAAGUAGAGGCAUCUUCAAGAUGCAUGCCCUCACAAAGUCUGUGAGGCUAGGGCAUGCAUCACAGAUCGAUCAUGGCUCACGCGAUGAAACGCGCAUCACAAGUAUCAGAAUCUUCUUUCAGACCCAGAUAUUAUAUUUGCGAUGCAUACCCCAAGAAAA